AUGUUUCCACAGCCGCUGGCUGGUGGAGAAAUAAAGCGGUUCAAUCAGCUCCCAGCACAGUCGAUCAGUACUUACCAUGAGCUAGUUGAAGAAUUCUUCUCCUACUACAAGUACAACAUACGUGAUCGGAAGGGAUGCCACACAUUGUUCCUUCUAGGAAUUCGGAAGGAGGAAAGCAUCAGACAGUUUACUCGAUGCUUCAAGCAAGAGUUGGCCGAUGUGGAUGGUGCCGACGACCAAGUCGUCAUCGAAGCUUAUAAACAUGCAUACCAGUAUGAUCAAAGAGGUGUGUACGGUUCCUUGGUCAAGAGACCACCAAAGACUCUGGAAGAAUUGUAUAAUCGAGCUGAAGAAUACGCUCGAGUGGAGGAUGAUUCCAAAGAUCGAGAGACAAGAGAAGCUAAUAGAUCAUCUAAUCAUCCAAAUGAUUGGAAGAAAAACAAGUCAAAGAACCGUUCAAGCGGAAAGCAUAACAAUCAAGGUGAAUUUCAAGAGAAAAACCAAGGAGAACGAAUGGAAACUGGAUAUCAGAAAUAUCAUGAUAUGAAGCUGACAUCGUUGAACAUACGGCUUACAGAGUUGUAUGAGAAAAUAAGCAAGGAUUUGAUCCCUCCUCGGCCUUUGCCAGCGGAGACACGUGAUAAGCGUGAUAAGAGCAAAUACUGUAACUUUUAUAAAGACCAUGGUCACAAGACUGAGAAUUGUCGCUCUUUACAGAUCGAGGUCCAGCGAAUUAUAGACGCUGGAAAGCUACAAGAUGGAAAUGGAGCAGAAAUUCAGGAGCUUGGAUGCACAAACAUCGAGUUCUCUGAAGCAGACAUGAUAGGUGUAUAUGCUCCCCACAAUGAUGUUAUCGUUAUAACAGCUUGGAUUGGAAUGUUUCGUGACGAGACUGGUUGCAUGAGAUCGGUGGAGUCACAUCCUUAUAUCAUCAAUGUCUGA